UCCAUUUGAGUUAUGGUACUCGAAAUGUAAAUAUUACAUUCAGCAUCAUGAAAUAUUGUAUGGAAAUCAUAAAUACAUGGAAUACGCAGAUGAUGAGAUUUUGGAACAAACUACAUAUAUCUUUGUUAAGCCACUGAUGCUGGAUGCUUCAGAUCUUUCGUUCAAUAUGUAAACAGUUCUGCUUAGGAAACAAGGUAAUCUUUCUCUCUUUUGGUGGAGACAUGGACCCUACAUCAUGGUCGGCGUACAGUCAGCAUUUCUCUCGGCUAGGAGCUACAAUGAAUCAUCCACCUGGAUCCCUCUCCCAACAAGCUCAGAUGAAUGAUCUUGCAUUGCCAUCAUCUCUGCCUCGUCAGGAGCAUAUUCCAGGUUAUGGAAAUUCAGGGGGACCGCACCAUUUUCUUUUAGCUGCUUCUCAUGGCUUAAACCCUUCUCAGGCAAACCAUAAUGAUCCUUCUUUUAAUGCAAAUUUAUUUGCCGCUAAUUAUGAUGCUAGUCUUUUCUCUACUUCCUUUCCAUCAGCCACUAAGGGUCACCUUUCAUCUUUUCCCCAAGGAGCUGCAGGACUUUUCAAAGCUGUAAAUAGAGAAAAUGAUUUUAAUGAUCUGAGAACAGGCUUUUCACAUUGUGGAAUGUCAGCUUAUGCCAGAAAUUCUGAUGGGAAUAAUGCUUUGUCAAGUGGAUCUGGGCUUGGAUCUGGACAUCUGUUCCCUAAUUCAAUGCCUCCAAGCUCAUGGAGACAUUCUGGCAUCAUUCCUCCUUCUUGUGGACCUUUUGGUGUGUUGCCUCAUGAAACUGUGCUACACAGAUCACAUCUUGUAGGACGAGGUGGGGAUAAGUUAAGUGUUCAAGCAUCUAAGCAAUCUCGUGCUUCUUUACCUAGUAACUCAUUUGUUGAUCAAGAUCUGAGUCGUGGGUACAGAAGCAUUCUUUCUUCACCAGCUCGACCUCCAUCUUCUUAUGUUGAUAGCAGCAAUACUUCACAUUCCUCUCUCUUGUCACCUCAGGGUGACCCAUAUUUCUCAUCUGUGAGUGACAACUACUAUUCUUCCUGCUCAAAGAAUGAUUUUGCAGCAUAUAGUUCGUAUUGUUCUAACGUUCAGCCUCCAGUGCAAAGAAGUUCAAUUUCACCAUAUUGUUAUUCACAAACAUUUGGAACUUUUGAACCUAAUGGCGAAAAACAGGAUGUCCCUGCAACUAGCACAAAUGCCAGUGCCAACACUAAUUUCUCUAAUUUUGUGCCAAAUAGCAAUUUAAAUGGCAAUUCCACCCAUCUUCACAAUGGCCAAAUUUCACGUCAGUCAGUUAUCACAAGCAACAUUAGUAACAAUUCUGUGAUGUAUAAUUCUGAAUCUCAUCCCCAGAGUCAUUCAUAUAACAUUCGAGAAGCAUAUCCAUAUCCAUCUGGUUCAGCACAUCCAACUUCUUGUUUACCUUCACAUUCCAGCAAUAGCAGUGCUGAGAAUAGUGGUGUAAGACAAGCUGUAGUGCAUAAUAAUCACCAUUCUUCAGUUGGACAAGCUGUAUACCCUCCUAUGAGUACUCCAAUCCCAGCAUCAACACCUGCACAUACCACACCUCCUUCUUCAAUGGGUCAGGCAUAUGUUCCAACGCCUUUACCUCUGAGCCAUGAUAGUGGUUGUUCCUCAGUUAAUAGCCAGUCUGUUAUGUAUCACUCUCCUUCUAAUGAUGGUUGUUAUUCUACACCUGGAACUUGCCACUCAGAAUCAGAUUCUCCAGCUAAGCCAGAUAUAUCUCAACACUCUUCACCAUCUGUGUACUCCAUAGAAAGUAGUAACCUUAGUAUGAACAGUGGACCCUUUGCUGAAAGCCAUCAUGUUCGUUCUCAUUCAAAUUCAGAGACUAAUUAUGGUAAUAAUGUGAUGAAUGGAGCAUUAGGUUCUGAAAUGCAUGACAACACUGAUGAUUCUCCAAAAAUGAUUGAGGAAAAUCUGUCUGAUGUGGAUCCUGCUGUAAUAACAAGGAAUUGUUCAUCACAGCAAAAGGAAAUGCAUUUAUCUUCAGUAUUACCAAUUGAUAUGGUGAAAUUGAAUAAAGAAAACCUGUAUCAAAAUUCUGUUGUGGAAAGAAGUUUUGACAACAGAAGACAGAGCAUUGGUAUACAGAAUCAAGCUCAUGUAAAACACUUAAAUUCAUUAAUCUCCUCAAGAUCUGAAUGCUCUCUGAACAAUAAUAAGAGUGAUGUCUUCGCAUUUUCUUCAGAUUCACCACCACCUGCUCUUGAUUUUACUCCAAAAGGGAAACUCAAAUGUAAAAGAGGCCGUAAGCGUAGGUGUGACAUACCAGGAAAUACAUUGCCUUUAAAUUGUACAUAUUCUCAUUUGCAAAAUAACCAACAACAGUUAGCAUCACCUGAAACUUCUGUGAGUAUGGAAGAGAACAAAAAUGUGCUAUCAAAUAAUACUUCUCAUCAGUAUGAUAGUCCUCCUGUAGGCAGUGAAUUGCCUUCUGUUACAAACUCUCCACUGCCAGUUGAUCUUUCCCAUGUUUCUCUGAAUUUAAGCAUAAAAAAGCAAGAAGACUCAAUGGAAGAAAAAAGUAAAGUUAAAGAUAAUAUGCCUGAAUUAAGCUAUGAAACAGGUAAAGAAUGUGAAGAAAAAUGGUCAGUCAUUAAAAAAGAUAAUUCAGCAAGUGAUUCUGAGAUGCAAAAUAUUGAUGAAUCAGAAAACAGAACUGUAGAAAAUGAUAUUAAAAAAAUUAGCAAAUGUAAGUCUCCUAUAUGUAGGUCACCUCCCUUGGAUGAUUUGUCUGAUGAAUCAAAAAAAUUAUGUAAUAGUAUUGAAGAGGACUUGGGCUUCCUUGCAGGAUUGUCAUCUGAUCCUGAUGUUGAAGACAGUGCAUCCAAAGGGAGUUUCUCAGAGAAAAAAAGAAAGAAAGAACAAGGAUUUCUGCAGUCUUUUUUGACAUUCUUGGAAGGCAGUAAUGAACCAACUGUUAGUUCUGAACCUGUAAACCAUGACACUAAAAGUGAAAAGGAAGAAAAUGCCACUUCUUUAAUGAAGAAUCAUGAAGUGGGAGAAAAAAAUGAAGCUUCUGUAAAUGAAGAUCAUAAAAAUGAGAAUGCUAAGAGGAGUAGUCUUAUUGUAGAACAUGAUGAUAAGGAUAAUUUUGAUGAAACACCUUCUCUUGAUCCUUCCCUAUUUGGUUGUUCAACUUUACAGAAAGAGAUGGUUGUGCCGAAUCCUGAAGCUCCAUCAUUCUCUUCAGAUGAAGAUGAAAAUUCUACUCAAGGAAUAUUUGAUUCAGUUGCUAUGGCUAUUCAGAGACUUUGUGAAGAUAAUGAAGAAGAUCACAGUGAAAAAAACAACAAAUUGUCUUCUGGCAAAAGUAAUGCAAAUAAAGAAGAGAUGCCUGUCCUUAAAAAUAUGAAUGAAGUAUCCAAUAGUGACGAACAGAUGCUUGAGAAAGAGGAAUCUACGAAAGAUGAUAAAAUAGAAAAGUGUACGAUAAAAAGUACUUGUGUUAUGAAAACUAGGAAAGGUAAAAGGAGAAGGACACGGCAUCUACUUGUUAUUAAAGUAAAGCGCAACACUGAAAAGUCAUCUGGGAUGCCAAGAACUCCUCAAACUGCAGUAGAAAAACCAAAACGAACACGUAAUGCAACCAAAGAAGUUCAAAUUAUUAAGACCGUGCAGCAUGUCCAGAGAAGAAAGUUAAUGAGGAAGUGUAAAGAAAGAAGUUUGAAAAAAAGGAAUUCAGGUUUGACAAAAAGAAAGCCUAGGAACUGUGUUAAGAGGAAAUAUGUGUAUGAAGAGGUUGAAGAAAAUACUAAAGUUGCUGCUGUUAAGGGUUGUGAGCCUACAGAGCCAGAUGUAGAACAACAGAAAGAGAAGCCUCCUGUACCAGAAACAAAUUCUCCAGAAGUUCAAGAAGUUAUUCCAAAAAAGAAGAAAAUAUAUAGGAGUCGGACGAAAAGGAAAAGACGGGGAUUUAAAAAGGCAGGCUCUUCAUCAAAACCUUUUACUGAACCAGAAGUAACAAAAACUAGUGAUGAAGGAAUUAACAAUGCAAGUUCAAAUGAAAAUGAUGAAAUGACAGCUAAAAAAUCUUUCAGUAAUGGUGAAAAUUGUUGGAAUUCUGAAACUCAUUUUAAGACUGGGGACUAUGUGGUCAGCAUUGAAAGUAAAAAUUGUGAAAAGCCACCAAUUUGGAGAAUUGAAGGAAAGAAUGUACUACAGUUGUUUGAAGCACUUGAAGAUGGAGAAAAUAAAAGCAUUUUAUAUCGUAAUACUUCAUCUUAUUCAAGGUGGAGUCCUUCUUCAAAGCAUAAAUAUUCUAAACAACCUGUGAAAAUCAUUAAAUCAGAUGAUGAUACUGUGAUAGUAGAAAUAUUAAAAAAUACUGAAAAUGUAGAUGAUAAAGACAUUAGUGGUUCCUGUGAUUAUACUAUACAUCCUCAAAGAGAAAAUUUUGAAGUUUAUCUACAGACUUUAGUUAGUCAUGCUUUAGAUCCAGAUUUCAUACCGGAAAUUGUUAAAGAAAAUGAUGAAUAUUUCUUAUCUCAUUUACAAGCUAUAGAAGAAAUCACAACUGAAAAAAAGGGAACUUUACUUCAAUGUGAUAAUUGGAGUUCUCAGUUAUUAAACUCUGUCAGAAUGUAUCCUUACGUUAGUGUAAGCAUGAGCAAAGAUGGUGAAAAAAAUUUAUGUCAGGUAUGUAGUGGCAGUAAAAUCCAGUAUAUUGUCCAUUUUCAUGGGCAAACAUAUGAUCCUGUGACUUUAGAAAGCAAAGCUGAAGGCCAGAGUCACCCAGUAUGUGACUUUAAUUUCCCACUGUGUGGGUCUUGUGUACAAAUUGUUACUCUUUAUAGUCGACUUCACCAUCAUAAAUACCAUUUCUUUCAACUGGGCUGUAAAAAGGUUAAAGAUGUGAAGAAAGGAGAAGAAAAAGAUUCUCAUGCAGUUUUAGAAGAAUGCCUUCAGGACGCUGAAUGGAUGACACAAAUGUUUCAAGACAUGCUGGAAAUGUGGAAUGCAUGUGAUAAGUACAGGUGACAACAUGAAUGUAUUUUGUGACUUUAGAUUCCUAACCCUGCCUCCAGUUUGACAUACAUAAUUUUUUAAAGAGAAAGACAUAAAUGAUGUAGUUAUACAGUUAGAAAUUUGUUACAUAUAAUUGCACGUUUAUCUUUUUUUUUUUUUUUUUUUUUUUUUUUUUUUUUUGUUGCCAGUAUGCUGCCAUAAAGCCAACAUUAUAAAAAUAUAUGCACAGUUUAUUAAUGGGCCAUUGAAUUUAAUUUCCUUGCCAUUUAUCCAAAAUUUUAUUUAAAAAAAUAUUUUGAGUUUCCUAUGUAAAAAAUUGAUUAUAAAUGAUAUACUGGCUUUCAACUAUAUUUAAAAUACCUUUGCCUUUAAUUUCUGGUUAGGAAGAAUUCCCAACUCUCCUUAAUUGAGGUUUGAAUGCAUUUUAUCAUGUUAAUUUAUGUGAAAUAUUUUUAGUCAUAGGAUUUUAAUUCUUUAAAAUAUGACUUAUGUAUAAUUAUUUCAGUUUUAUAAUAUUUGAAAUUUUUUCUCAAGCACAGAAUAAGGUAUAUUCAUUUUAUUUAAAAAUAUGUAUGGCACUGAUUAGUUGGGGCUAGCCAGAUUAAAACUUUUGGGGAGGGGUUAAUCUCACAAUUUAAUUUGUAUUUAUAAAUAAUGAUAUGAAUGAUUAAACUGUGUAGUUCAUAUGCUGUAAGUUUAAGAAAGUAUAGGUUAGAUAAUAAGGAAGAAUAUUAUUAACUGGGAGACGCUUUCAUCAAAGAAAGAUGCCUUUCUGUAAGCAAGUAUUCCAGAAUUUUUCUUAUAGAUUUUCCUCGAGUUCUUAAUGCAUUCUUCAUGUACAGGGUGGUAAAAUUAACUGGCAAAAGUAUAAAAGCAAAUAAAGGAGACCAAAAUGAGCAGAUUUUGUAAUAGAAAGUUUGUGCAGAGAUGCCAUAUUAAGGUGGUACAGGGGAUUGAUGAGCUGUGUACUGCUGGCAUAGCACUGCUGGUGAGAAGUGUAUUGCUGGUGUAAAUAGCUGUUCCCCAUAUGAAUUUUAAGUUAUGCAAAUUGAGAUGUGUACACAAAUAUGCAGCUUUCUGCUAUGCAUUUUAUAACUAUGGGACUGCAG